AUGGCGGGGUCCGGCGAGGCUUUGGUGCUGCCCGUCCUGCUCUGCUGCCUGUGCCGAGGUGCCGCAAACAUCGAGUGCAAGGGGCGCGUCUGGAUCGAGCCCGCGCCGGUGGUGCGGAUGGGCUCCAACAUCUCCAUCGGCUGCCAGUCCUCCCUGAGCUGCCCUUCGGUCCAGCUCGACAUCCUCCUCAACUACAGCCACGCUGAGGGCAGCCCGCUGCCCGGCGGCACCGUGAGGCUCCGGCUGCGCGAUUUCAGGAUGCCUUUGGCCACCGUGACCUGCCUCUCCCGCUGUGGGGACAGCCAGUGGCGCGGGGUGGUGUGCGGAACGGAGCUGCGGGCGGGCUACCCCCCGGACCCCCCCGGCAACCUGAGCUGCGCCACACCCGAGGGCUCGGGGAGCCUGGAGUGCAGCUGGGACCAGGGACAGGACACGCUCCUGCCCACCCGCCACAGCCUCCACCUGCGCAGGGUGGUGGCAGAGGAUGAGGAGGAUGAGGAAGAAAAGAUCUUCCCUGCAGACUCACCUGUGCCGCUGAGAGAGCUGAACAAUGAGAGCCUCUACUCGGUGUGGGUGCAGGCCAGCAACGCACUGGGCACUGCCCGCUCGAGCCCCCGGCACCUCAGCCUGCAGGAGAUCGUGGUUCCUGCUCUGCCCGUGAUCAUCGGUGCCGACACCUCGGAGACGUCCCCUGCCAUCACCAGCACGCGCUGGAGGAGCCGGACGCGGCUGCAGAACGUGCAGUGCCAGGAGAGGCACCGAGCCACGGGCACCCCAGCGUGGCAUGUGGAGCUGUGUGACACGGUGACACCGGAGGGACCCCGCUGGCAUCACGAGCUGCAGAGCGACACCGAGUUCGUGUUCCAGGUCCGGUGCCGGCUCAGCACCGCCCACCGCCCCUGGAGCGCCUGGAGCCCCCCCUUCUUCUACAGAACCCCCGAGACAGUCCCCGCCGCUCCCGCUGUGUGGCGGCGCCUGGGUCCGGCCCUGCCGAACGGCAGCCACGAGGUGACGGUCUUGAUCAAGCCUGCCCGAGAUGCCCGGGGGAGGAUCCUGAGCUUCGCCGUGUCCGCGCAGAGCCCCGAGGGGCCGCGGCUGCUGUGCCUCACCUCCGGCUCCGAGUGCUCGGUCCUGGUGCCGCCGGGAGCCCGCAGCCUCCUUGUCACCGCCCGCAAUUCCAAAGGGAGCUCCAGCCCUGCCAGCAUCCCCCUGGAGCGGGGUGAGGCUCGGGAAGAAUUCCCAGCACCAGGAGCCGUGGAGGUGAAGCCUGAGGAGCAGAGCAGGUUCCUGGUUCGGUGGCAGCGCCCCCGGCACAGCCGGAGCCCCCCGCUCUGGUUUGUGCUGGAGUGGGAUUCCAGCUCCCAGCACGGCCAGAACCAGCUGCUCCUCUGGGAAAAAAUCCCACAGCACCAAACACACACCUACAUCCAAGCGGCAGGAGCUCCCCUGCGCGUGCGGCUGUACGCGGUGUAUCCCGACGGGAUCAGCCAAGCCAGCUCCAGCCCAGUCCCUGCGGAGGAGCCGCUCCUGGGCAGCGCUCACGGCGAGAUGUCCCAGGAUGAUAUCAGGGUUUUCCUGGGACUGAGCCUCAGCGUGCUGGGAUUGUCGGUUCUUUUCGCAAUUGUGAUGUUCAAAAAAUCAGUCAGGAAAAGGACUAAGGCCACCCUUGUGUCCCUCUUGCCCAAGUGGCUCUUUGAAGACUUUCCCCGCAUGGAGAACAGCAAAGUGGUGAAGUCACUCCAGGACCAGGGCGAUUUCCCCAGCGAGAGCCCCCGGGAGCCGUUCCCGGCCUGCGGUGACCCCGCGGUCACGGAGCUCCAGGAGGUGCCGGCGCAGGAGCGGAGCGAGAACCUGGACACGGAGGAGCCACGGGAGCUGCCCAGGAGCGUGGUGGUGACCCCCAGCAGCCCAAGCCCAGAGCAGCUCGGAGCCUACAAACCCCAGCUCUCCAUCGGAACCACGCCGGGAUACGUCGCGGCCGGGAUUCACCCGCAGCCCGCGGCCGCUCCGCCAGCGGAGAUGGGAAUCUUCUCCCAGGACUACAGCAACCCUGUCCCCCAGCUGUGGCAGCAGCAGGGGGGACCAGCCCAGGUGUGCCUGCUGGAGAAGAUCCACCUGGUCCUGAACAGCAGCCAGGAGUUCCCAGAGCCGGCGGGACGCGGAUCCUUCCCGGAGAAGCGCUGGGAGCAGAGGCCGCCCAGCGAUGUCCCGGAGCAGAUGCUGGUCCCCGAGGAGCUGCUGUCCUGCCUCAGAGCUGUCAACAGGGAGCCUGUGGAUGGAAAUCCCUGCUUCCCACAGAGCGUGGGAGGGCUGCUCGGAGAGAGGCUGGAACUGGGAUAA